UUUUAGGCAUGUGUGCAGAGAAGUAAUGGAUUUUUCAUAUUUCUUUUUCAUGUUUACAAUGUAAUUUGUUGAUCAAUUUUUUAUUUCAUUAGCUGCUUUUAGUGUGAUCCCAAGGACAUGUAGUGGGCUUUCAAUGUGUAGAGGAAGUGAAGUUCAAAUGAGACUUCAGUUUGAAUAUCACUCAAAUGACUCACAAGAGAGAUUGGUCAACAGGCAUUUGAAGGAAGAGUUGAGUGAGUUAAGAAAUGGAUGUCACAGUUUCUGUUGCCGGAUGUGUGGCUCUGCUGUUUUAUUACCUGAGACGCAGUUCAAAAGGGUGCUGGAGUUACCAUCAGAAAACUGGCUUGAAUUGGCUCAAGACUGGUGUUGUCAUGGAAACAGUCAUCUAACUUCUGUUGCAGGAGUUCUUGAACCUGGUGAAAAGGACUGUUUUGUUGGUGAAUACUACAUUAAACUGCAUAGUUCAACUAUAAAGCCUGGCAGUUUGCAGAUUUUACCAGGGGAAGAACAUUGCCCUUUGAAAUGCUGUAGAUGCAAUUCCAUACUAGGGAACAUUAUGGUUGAGGAUUCAGGUCUUGAUGUGUUGGAUGUUAACUGUAGUGAUGCAUUUAGCAUACACCUCUACAAACACAGUGUCAGUUUGAGAUCUAGCAACUUGUUCAGGUCAUAUUGUGUAGAAACCUUUAUUUCUAGUUGUUUAAUUUCCAAGUCACAAGGUGCUGUGAACUUCAGGUUUCUUAUUCAAGAAUCCAUUCAAAAUGGCAUUAGACAGCAAGCACAUGUCUGUCUUUGGCUUUUUAAUGCAGAUACCGCGGUCAUUACAAAUGUAGAGUCGUUGAAGGCUUUUGUCAAAACUGGCAUUUAUUCUACCAGGAACAAAGCCAAAUACUCACGGGUGUUGAAGAUUCUUUACAAGAUUAAAUCGUCCUUUAGUGACCCUGAUUGGGACGAUGAGGUAGAUACAUGGCGAGAGAAUUCCUCAGUUCAGCUUCUCACGUUUGCAAAGGAGACUUGUCUACGUCUUAUUCUUCUCCUGGCAGAGAGCACGAAUACAAUAGCGCCGUCACUGCGAAAUAUGAAUGGUUUUAAGGUACGUUACAAAUACUGUCUGGGAGAAACUGUCAAGAAAUUAUUGUAAUGCAGCAAUGUCUUUUGUUUGGGGUUUGGCUCCUGUCGGACUAGUGUCUACAUUUGUCUAUAAUGUCUACAUUGAUGACUUCUGAGAGUUAAGAACGAAUUUGAUCCACAGCUGCUAAGACAACGACGACGCUCCCAGUCACUUUUACAUGGGAGUUCCCCAAGGUUUUCAUACGCCUUCAUUGUCAGGUCACGUGUCUGAUUAUACAUGUAACACCAAAACGAAUGUCGUCCCUUCUUUGCGUGGUACUAGUAGGAUGUCUCUUAGUCUCCUGGAUUUCGUGAUUUUGACACGAAAAUGAAGCAUUAUCAGCUAUUUUUCUAUUACCUGAUCACGUUACCACAUUUUUCCAUCACACAGCACUUACAUUACUUCUCCAUCGUGAAACCGGGUGUACACACAAUGUAGUUGUACCCCAGAUAGUUUUCGAAGGGUUCCUUUUGCACUUUACAUGUAUUACUCCAUUUUACUACCCAUGGGCAGUACAACUUGCACAAUUUUUAAAGUGUAUUUGAUAUACAUUUUUUAAUUACUUGAUGGAAUCCACAGGAGAUCAUGACGGGGAAAAAGAAAUUGAUAUCGUUUUUCCUCACCGCGUUUUGGCCAUCUGAAAACGUGAAAUUUCCUUUCCGGUUGGGUUGGAAA